AUGAAAAAGAAAUUCAAAUCCAGAAAGUCCAAAAAUAUCGCUGAGAAAAAUGGACAAAGUGCUAACUACAGAUUUACAGUGAAUCCAUUAAUCAAACAAGAACUCCUGCAUCUGCUGAAUAAAACUAGUAGUACAGCAGACACCCUGGAGGCUGAAGGUGUGAAGUCAUGGAGCAAUUUUUACAUUCCGGGUAAUUUCAAAUCAAGUGUGAAGCAGCUAGCGAAAAGGGUUGGCGUUAAUCUUUAUCCUUUGAGUACUCAUGAUUUGAUGGAAAAUAACGAAUUUCUUACAUAUUUGGAGACCAAUUAUUCGAGGAAAAACACCUGCUUAGCCUAUGAAAAGAAACUUCUCCAGAUGUUGUAUCAAAAACAGUGA